UGGACCAUACUAGCAUAGUAUGCAGGGUGGUGACUGUUGACUUGUUGAGCUCGCGACGUUUCUUAUCCGAAUUCUGACUUUCUGAGAACUAGGUUGCAGCGCUGGCCUGGGUCGGACCAAUUGUGCUGCCCACUUGCACGAGGUUUGCCCUCCUCAUUCAAUCACCUCAGUGUACACAGUCCUCCAUGGCUGAAGCAGCAGCCAUGCGAGCUGUGCUCGAGGCGCCCGGCGUUAAGGGCCUGGAGGUGCUCCGCCUCCCGUACGACGAAGCUACUACUACUAACGAGAAGGACGCCGUCACUGCUCUUAUCCGCCGCAUUGUCGUCACGGCCAGCGAUCCUCCGGUGACGAGCGCGUUCAGCGUGCUAAACCUCAGCAAGGUGGCGGAGCUGUUCUCGGCGUGGCGGCGUGGGCUCGAGGGUGUCCCGCCGUACUACGCCGUCAAGUGCAACCCCAACCCGGCGCUGCUCGGAGCGCUGGCCGCUCUCGGCGCCGGCUUCGACUGCGCCAGCCCCGCCGAGAUGGACGCCGUGCUCGCGCUGGGCGUCCCCGCCGACCGCAUCAUCUACGCGAACCCGUGCAAGCCCGAGUCGCACAUCCAGCACGCCGCGAGCGUCGGCGUUGACCUCACCACCUUCGACUCGGUGGAGGAGGUGGACAAGCUGAGGCGCUUCCACCCCAGGUGCAGGCUCCUGCUCCGUCUCAAGGUCCCCGACGCCGCCGGAGGCGCCCUGCUGGACCUGGGCACCAAGUACGGCGCGCGGCAGGAGGAGGUGGCGCCGCUCCUGCGCGCCGCGCAGAGCGCGGGCCUGGCGGUCUCGGGCGUCGCGUUCCACGUCGGGAGCGCCGUGUCCCGCGUGGGCGUCUACGACGCGGCCGUGGAGGCGGCCCGCGCGGUGUUCGACGCCGCCGCCGCCACGCGCGGCAUGCCACCCAUGCGCGUCCUGGACAUCGGCGGGGGGUUCACGGCCGCCGCCACGUUCCAGGACGCAUGCGACGUGAUAAACUCCGCGCUGGCGCGCCACUUCGGGGACGACCUCCUCCCGGGCCUCCAGGUGAUUGGCGAGCCGGGGCGUUACUUCGCCGAGACGCCGUUCACGCUCGCCGCGCGCGUUUUCGGGAAGCGCACGCGUGGCGAGGUGCGCGAGUACUGGAUCGACGACGGCUUGUUCGGCACGCUGUGCUGCGUCCACAUGGAGAACUACGUGCCGCGCCCGGUGCCAGUGUUGCGUCGUCGCGCUGCCGGCGACGAUGACGACGAAGGCGAUGAGAGUGAGACACACCCGUCGACGGUGUUCGGUCCCACGCUCGACUCGUUCGACGUUGUGGUGAAGGGUUACCAUCUGCCAGAGCUGCGCAUCGGGGACUGGCUGGUGUUCCACGACGUUGGCGCCUACACCACCGCGCUGAGCUGUGACUUCAAUGGCUUCUCCACGUCCGACAUGAAGACCUACCUCGCCUUCUCCUCUGUCUAGAUUUCAAUCUACUAGUACCCUUGUUUAGGAACAAAAUUCUAUGCGCAUUACAACUUUUCGGGCUGGUUUGGAUUUAACCAUUCCCUUUAUGGCUUGGAGGGGAUUGUGUGAGAAUUUGCCCUCCAGUCCCCAGGUAAAAUGAUUCGCUCGGGCUGUUUAGUUUCCCAAAAAAUUUGUAAAGUUUUCAAGAUUCUUCGGAACAUCAAAUCUUACUGCACAUGCAUAAAA